UUUUGCACAUCCUUUCUACGUUGUAACUUCAUAACGGGACAAAUUUUCGUCCCCCAAAGGAUAAAACUAAGUUCUCUGGGUGUUUGUUUUUCGCUACGCUGGACCAAAGAUGCCAUACAUGACAGCGUGGCGCUAACCUGGGAGCGGAGCCUACUCUACAGUUUCCCUAAACUGGACAGAAUGUGUGACGGGUCAGAGUUGCUGGAGGGGCUGAAACAGAGACUUAGCUGCCGGAUAGACGAAGAAAAAACAAAACUGCACAGUCUCAGUAAGGACAUAUGGAGCCACCCAGAGCUGGCUUACGAGGAGAGGAAGGCUCAUGACAGACUUGUAGAGUUUUUCAGGCUGGAAGAAGGCUGGAACGUCGACAGCCACUUCAAACUUGAGACUGCAUUUCGAGCCACUUGGGGAGCUGGAGGAAGUGAGCAGAGAGACGUGGUCAAUGUGGGUUUCUUGUGUGAGUAUGACGCCCUGCCUGGUAUUGGACAUGCAUGUGGACACAACCUGAUUGCUGAGGUCGGAGCUGCUGCUGCUCUGGGGCUCAAAGCUGUGCUGGAAAACACAAACAACCUCCCUGUCCGGGUUCAGGUGACAGUGCUGGGGACUCCAGCUGAGGAAGAUGGUGGAGGUAAAAUUGACAUGAUAAGGGAAGGAGCAUUUGAGGGUUUGGAUGUGGUGUUCAUGGCUCACCCAUCAAAAGAGGAUGCCAUAUACCUGCCCUGUUUGGCUAACCAUGAUGUAACUAUAAAGUACCAUGGAAAGGCAUCUCAUGCCUCAGCCUACCCCUGGGAGGGAAUCAAUGCACUGGAUGCGGCGGUGCUGUGCUACAACAACCUGUCUGUGCUACGACAGCAGAUGAAGCCAGACUGGAGAGUUCAUGGUAUUAUAAAGCACGGUGGAAUGAAACCAAACAUCAUCCCUGCAUACACUGAGCUGGAGUACUAUCUGAGAACCCCCUCACGCUCUGAGCUUUCUGUAUUGAAAGUAAAAGCUGAGAAAUGUUUUCGAUCAGCUGCUGUGGCAACUGGGUGUGAGGUUGAAGUAGAGUUUGCAAGAAAUAUGUAUGAUAACAUGCUGCGCAGUGCUGCACUGGAAGAGCUGUACAUGAGAAAUGGAAAGACUCUGGGGAUGGACUUCACAGAUGAAAACCUUCUCAGUAAUGAAUCUGGCUCCACAGACUUCGGAAAUGUGACAUUUGUAGUUCCUGGAAUCCAUCCGUACUUCUACAUUGGUUCUAAUGUUCUCAACCACACAGAGGAAUACACUGUUGCUGCUGGUGAUGAAAGAGCUCAGUUUUUCACUCUGAGGACAGCAAAGGCUCUAGCUAUGACAGCCCUGGAUGUGCUGCUGUGCCCAGAGCUGCUGCAGAGAGUGAAGCAGGAGUUCACUGAGGCCAAACUGAAGGAGGACAAGAUGCUGAUGGGAGAACACACAGGGCAGUCUGAAAAACACUGCUGAAGCCAUUAUAACCAGACACCUCCCACUAACCUGUCUCACUAAAACCCUUUUCUGAAAUGGUAUGCCUAACAUUUCCACAUCUGAAUGAUUUAUUUGUUGAGUGUGUUAUGGGAAUCUUCUGUUCAGUAAGCACAGAGUCAAUGUUGUCUUUCUGUAGGUUUAAUUCUUACAUUUGCAAAGGACUCACUGCACUCCUUAAGCAUGAGAUGCACAAUGAGUACCGAGUACAAUAGAUUACAGGUUAAAUGGAAAAGAAACAAGGUUACGUCCGGAGAUGAAAAAAAAAACAUCUUCUGGAGACUACACAACAGUGCAGCUCUGAGAGAAAGUGUCAGAGAUUACACAGCUAUGCAGCCCUGCUAUCAGGCCCCGUCCUUGAUGGAGCAAGGUGCCCUGUGAGCUUAUUGAUGUGGAAAAGUACUAAGCAUAUGAUAUUUCAUAAGGAACAAUUGUAGAAGUACAACACAAUGGUCAAGAUUAUUAAUAAAUCACAAUUAUCAUGAAUCAUA